GGUCUUUGCGGUGGUGUGCCUUGCAUUGGUGUGUACCAUUCCACGUGCUAGCGAGCCCCCCAAAGUGUAUGAGGACGGAGAGGAUGUCAUUCUCUGGACCAACAACGUCGGCCCGUACCACAACCCGCAAGAGACGUACUCGUUCUACGUCCUCCCGUACUGCAGGGGUACGGAUAUUGUGGAUCAUCGUCAUGAAACGCUCGGUGAAGCACUGCUGGGAUACGAACUGGUCAACUCGGGCAUUGGUAUGAAAUUUAAGCAUGCAGUGGCGCCGAGGGAGAUUUGCUCGGUGACGCUGGAUGAAGAUGGUGCGGCCAAGUUUGAGUAUGCGGUGCUCAAUCAGUAUUGGUACCAAAUGUUCUUGGAUGAUCUUCCGGUUUGGGGCAUGGUGGGUGAGGUGGUGGUGUCGGAGGAUGCGACUGAGGAAGCGCUGUACGUGUUUACCCACAAGAAGUUUGUCAUUGCCUACAACGGCGAUCAGAUCAUCGAGGUCUCGCUGACGGCGGAGAAUCCCCAGCUGAUCGAGGCUGGCGCUGAGCUUGUGUUUACCUACUCGCUCGACUGGGAGGAGACGGACAUUGCGUUUGAGGACCGGUUCUCACGGUACCUGGACAAGUCGUUCUUUGAGCACCAGAUCCACUACUUUUCGCUGUUCAACUCGUUUAUGAUGGUCAUCUUCCUGGUUGGCCUUGUGUUCAUGAUUCUGAUGCGGACGCUGAAGCGCGACUUUGCGCGGUACAACCGCGACGAGGAGGACGACAUUCCCAUCGGCGACGACUCGGGAUGGAAGAUGAUUUACGGUGACGUGUUCCGGUCGCCGCCGAGUCUGGCGAUGUUCUCUGCGGUGCUGGGGACGGGCGUGCAGCUCCUUGUGCUCACGGCGUUUAUUCUGGGCGUGUCGAUGACCAAGGCUCUGUACCAGUCGCGCGGGGCGCUGUUGACGAUGGGUAUUUUCAUCUACGCCUUCACCAACGUGGUGGCCGGCUACGUCUCAGGCUCGUACUACAAGGCCGGCGGUGGCGAGGCGUGGAAGUCAACGAUGAUGCUUACGGCCGGGCUCUUCCCGGGCGUGGUCUUUGCGCUCACGUUUGUGCUCAACGCCAUUGCCAUCUCGUACAACUCACUCUCUGCGCUGCCGUUCACCUCUGUGCUUGCGGUGGUCCUCAUCUGGGCGUUUGUGGCGUUCCCGCUCACGCUUGUGGGGACGCUCUUUGGCCGGUCGCUCGCCGGCGAGUCUGACGCGCCGUUCAAGCCGAAGAAGGUGCCGCGGCACAUUCCGGACAAGCCGUGGUACCUCCAGCCGCUGGUCCUCAUCCACCUCGGCGGCGUGCUGCCGUUUGCCAGCUGUUUUCUGGAGAUCUACUUUGUGCUUGCCUCGUUCUCGCACCACAUGUACUUUCAUGUCUACGGCCUCCUCCUCCUUGUCUUUGUCAUCCUUGUCAUUGUGCAGGGCUCGUGCGCGGUGGUCGUCACGUACCUCACGCUUGCGUCGGAGGACUGGCGGUGGCAGUGGCUCUCGGUCCUCUCGUCGGCCUCGACCGCCGUCUACGUCUUCCUCUACUCGGUGUACUACUUUGUGGCGCGGACGCGGAUGGAGGGCGUGCUGCAGACCUCGGUCUUCUUUGGCUGGUCGGCUCUCGCCUGCUUUGCGCUCGCCACCAUGACCGGCACGGUUGGCUUUAUGGCCUCGCGCAAGUUUGUGUACACCAUCUACAGCUCGGUCAAGGUCGAUUGAGGAGCAGGAGGCGAGUAAACGCUCCACGUACACUCGACA